AUGAUUGCCAAGGAGCGAGCUAUCGUAUAUGCUAUUGAAGAUCCGGAUAUAUGUCAUGUAAAGCAGCUACCCCGGGGAGAACAAGACGCAGACGAGCAGGUAGUUGAUGAGCUGUCUACAGCACUGGACGGUCCAUUUCGAGAGUCGAGCGACACCUCAGAAUCCGACGACAGGGAUCUGUGUGUUGGCCCAGCAUUAGUUGUGAGGGAACAGCGAGCUCGCGCGGCUAAGCUGUACAGCAACGUUGUGACUUGGUCGUUGUGGUACGCCCAUUCGACGGCAAUGCCAGAGGAAGGCUGGGUUGUUGAUGUUCAACAGUGCGUGUGUGGGUGCAAAUUUUACCUGAAGUUCAAAACAUGCUGCCAUAUCAUCGUCGGGAGAAAGGCAAAACGUUUGGGAAGUCCGGGUAUCGAAGACAAGACGGAGAAGCUCUUCAACCGGCAAAUCCGGAAAACCAAGAGCACCAACGGCAGGCCGCUUCUUGCAUCUAGAGCACUUGACAUUCAGCUCAUCUUGUGUCCUAAUACGUAG